AUGGGGGUCAUCACCUUUGUGGAUCCCGAGAGCGUCCAGUGGGCGGUGCAACACCUCCGAGACGAGGAGGUCGACGACAGGAAGAUGUGGGUGUCCACUCACAAGGGCAGCGCGGACCCCGCAAAAGGCUUGCCGCCGCCUGUCCAAACGACAUCAUCGCGGGUGUUCUUUAGCAACGUCCCAUUCGAUGUCGACGAGGACCAGCUGCGGAUGCUCUUUGAGGAGGUCGGGGUCGUCAAGGAGCUCACCCUCAUGAAAAAGAGCGAGGAUGGCAGCUCGCGGGGGAUGGGACACUGCACCUUCCAGGUGCCUUCUAUGGCAGCCGCUGCGAUCCAAGCACUCCGGGACCGAGAU